GCAUCGGGUCAUAUGUCACAGGUGAAAAGGGGUCAUUUGGAAUGUCGAUUUCCAGUGUAAAAUCAUUUUAGGGAUUUUUCUUUCGUUUUUUCUCCGAUGGCUGCCCAGCCCUUUGUCAUCAGAAUCAGCGUCCAAGAAGGGGAAGAGGUAGACUGGGCCGUGGAGUCCUUACAGCUGUCUUUUCGGGACGUUUUGGAUGUCAUAGGAAGAAUUCUACCGGAUGUGACUACCACAGCAUUUGAAUAUGAGGAUGAAGACGGGGACAGAAUCACCGUUCGGAGCGAUGAGGAGAUGCAGGCUAUGAUGUCAUAUUAUGUCAAUCAAAUCAGUGAAAUGCAGGCCAUUGGGGGAGAGGUGAUGCCACUUGUCAUCUAUCCCAGAGCUUGUAAGCCGGCUGGGAAAAGAAAUAUCCAUGGGUUAACUGUCAAGACUAAGGCGUUUGCUGCUGGUGACUCAGGAAAGAGAAGCAUGUCUGGGACUGGGAGGAAGCAGUCUGGAGAUCUUAGACAAAUUCUGGCCAGUGGAGAGACAAACUCACAGUCAAGUGUGCUGAUAAAUGAAGAUGAUAUACAGUACCUGGCCAUUCUGGGACAUGGGAAUGGGGGCACGGUCUACAAGGCAAACCACAAAUCCAGUAGCAAACUGAUGGCAGUGAAGGUGAUUCCUUUAGAUGUCACUCCAGAAGUACAGAAGCAAAUCAUGUCAGAGCUGGAAAUUUUGUACAGGUGCGACUCUCCGCACAUUAUAGGAUUUUACGGAGCCUUCUUCACAGAGAACAGAAUUUCCAUAUGUACAGAGUUUAUGGAUGGUGGUUCUUUAGAGUUGUACGGUGCUAUACCAGAACCUGUUUUAGGGAGAAUAGCUUUUUCUGUUGUCACGGGAUUGAAUUAUUUGUGGGGACUAAAGAUAAUGCACAGAGAUGUGAAGCCUUCAAAUAUCCUGGUUAACACAAAGGGUCAAGUGAAGCUUUGUGACUUUGGUGUCAGUGUACAGUUAGUGGACUCCAUAGCCAAGACUUAUGUCGGAACUAGUGCCUACAUGGCGCCUGAGAGAAUUCUAGGAGAUGAGUACGGCAUCCACUCAGAUGUCUGGAGUCUAGGGCUCUCUCUGUUAGAGAUGGCAUUAGGGAGAUUUCCAUACCCAAAGAUUCAGAAGAAUAAAUACUACGGUGAUGUAGUGCCAAUGGAAGUGUUCCAGUGUAUACUCACAGAGAAUCCUCUAGCUUUGUCUGCUGAAAACUUCUCCCCACCAUUUGUUGACUUUGUUGGAAGAUGUAUGCAGAAGUCCCCGAAAGAGAGACCCUCCCCCAUGCAGCUGUUGCAACAUCCAUUCAUCCAAGCCAGCGGUGACAGCAGUGACACAGAAGUGAUCGCGAUGUGGAUGGGACAGCGGCGCGCACAGAUAGACUUACUACAGCAGAACCCAGAAAAAGAAGGGCCCUCUUGUGUCCCAUGCAUCCAAACCUCAGCUGUCUCUGGACUGUCCAGACCUUCCUCCACCGUUGCUCGCUCGCCGAGGCCUGCGGCCCCCUACGCUCAAACAGCUCCUGCGGGUUCGCCCUCCCUGUAUCGGCGCACCAGCACUUAAAGACCACUGUACCCUCGGGACCUCAUCUCACUCCCUAACCAGUGCUUUCCUUCUGGACUUGUCAUGCCUCAUCUCUUCCUUGUCAUGACGGAAACCAGCAGAAAAAAAAAUAUUGUGAUUUCAUCCUCUUUUUAGCCUUCAUUUUUUGACAGCGCCUCAGGGGUGGAGGCCUCUUUUAGUUGGAAUUCUCCCUGCAUGGUGAUGGAAUCUUCAUUUACCAAAAUUUGUAUACAUCAUAUCCUUUGAUCUUCGUUGUCAAAGAAUGAAAUUAUUACCGGUGUAAUUAAUCUUAAUUGUUCCCUAUGAUGUCUUCUUAAUGAUGGUAAGUUCUGAUUUAUUUUUCAUGACAUCUUUCAUGAUGCCUGAUCAUGAUCCUACACUACAUUGCCAGCUUGCCACAACACAAGGCAAACCGCAGUCUUCUUCGGAACACCAUAGCCCUACCCAUCUAGUAGUAAAAAAAAAUAGUAGUGACACUUUUGAUUUCAUGUGCUUCGCAUACUGAUGAAAAACCUCAUCAAGUUGAUGUGUAGGAACCCAUAGGAAACAACAACUAACAAAGAAACAAACAGUGAAGGAACCAAAAUUAUGCUACAGUCAAAGUUAGAAGUACAAAAAGGACAUUUAUCGUGAAUACAUCUUUGUAACUGGGUAGGAUAGCAAUGAUGCCAAUUUUACAAGAAACUCACUUUACUAUCUUGUCCACUAUUCAUUCUGUCAUAUGAAAUUUUCCUUUCCGGACUGUAGUGCAGAUUACAAAAGUACACAAAUGUAGCUUGGGAAGGGAAAAGGAAGACAAGUGGCAUAUCAUAACCCUACAUAUCAGGUGUGAGCUUACUCAUUCCUUGUUUUAUACACCUUUUUGCGGUUCCCAGUGCAUACUAGGAAAUGCAGGGGCAUUAUGGGUGAUAAGCAUGGUAGGCAAACAGGAUUCUGGCAUUACCAGGACAAUAUAGACACAGUAUGUGUGCACUGCAAAAAAAUUCUUAAUACAGGAUACAAGAUAUCUUUAUUGGAUAUCACAGUGUUGCCACUGAAUUAAAGUCCUGUGAUGAUAAUAGUGUUUGCCCCAGUUACCCACAGUGCCCAAGGCCUCCCAGCAUGCAGUGGGAUCUGUGCAAAAGGUCUAUUUAGUUACUUGUGUUGUGUGCUAUUACUAAUAUUAUCUUACUGAACAAAUUAGUAAGGGGCUUUUUCACCAAGCAGGUUCUCCACAUUCAAUCUGUUGAUUAAGUUCAGCCUUUCAAAUCAGAUUGUCUUGGUAAACAAUCUCAUUUCCCAAAUAUUUCAACUGGAAAGAAGCAUUCCUUACUCUAACUCUGAAUGUAAUCCUGGUGAGUUUUGAUUCCAUGUUGUUAUUUCAUUCAAUAAUUAUUGCUAUUGUUAACCUAAACUUUCUCUUAAACUCUCUUAUCCUUCCAAAUUGUUUUCAAUAUUCUCGUCCCCUACCACUCAAACUGUGCAAGAUUGCAUAGCUUGGCACUGUGAAGUUCAUUUUGAAGUGACAGAAAGAAGAAAGCACAGUUCAAGUCUUCUCUGUUUAUUUACUUGCAUUGCUUGAUAGAUUUUAAAUGGCUUUUAUUAUAGCACUGCACAAAUCAUCAAUACUUUGACUCCAAAUGUUUCAGAUUGUUUAGUGUUGUCAGCACUAUUUAACUACAGUUAUUCUCUUUUCUUUGUUGAGAUUAUGGAUUAUCUGCAAAAAGAGGUCUGUGUAUAAACCAGCAGUUGUAAGAAUGCUUUGAAUCCUCUGACUUUGUUUCAGUUUAGGAGAGAUGUCUGUGUACAUAGCUAAUGGCUCAAAUUUGAUAUUGCAAAGAAAAGUGCAUUUCAGAGACCACAAUUUACCAAGCCUUUGGGAAUGAUGAAUAUUGAGGAAGUGAUUAUGAUAGAGACUCGUUAAUUAGAGACAAGUAUGCUUGAUUAAUUACGACUCAGGACCCCUGCAGCUGGUUAUAUGAUACGUGGUGGUGGCACAUUGAAUCUGUAAGACAAUUCAAGCCCCAACAGAGCUCUAGUUUUUAAAAUGGCAGUGCCGGCAGAGGUGGUAUUUUUGCAAGGAGUUGUCAGGGAAGUUACCUCAAUGUACUCGGGGUGCCCCAGGCAAGAAGUCCACACUCAACUGAAGAAAAGAGUGUAGCAUCCUAAAGAGCGUAGCAUCUUAAAGAAAUUACUAGAUACAUUGGUCAGUGUGUGCAGGUUUCUUUGCUGCCUUUCAUGAAUUCUGCAUCAUUUCAGCUCGAUGGUUUCAGGAGAUUCUGAUUCUUGGCUCAUUAUUAAGCUCACUUCUACUUCUUUUACUGGGUGUAGCAGGGCAGAAAUUACCCCUGGCAUAAAUAUACCUGGUUACAUUCUGACCAAGGGUGUAUUCUAGCCUGCUACACCAGUUUUUCCAUGUAUAUUAAAGAUAAAGAUAAUGUUAGUAUCUUGAAGUGUUUAGGUAGACUUCUUGUCUGGAGUACCAUUUUUUGCAUUCCCAGUGCCAUUGACAAGAGUAAAGGCAGCCUGAGAUCAAUGCUUUAGAUCUAAGACUUGUUUUCUCUAAUAGUUGACUUCUACCACAAAAAACUAUUUAAAUGGACUUAGUAAAAUAUAAAAAAUAGGAAGUUUUGCUAUGUAUUCUCUACUGUAAGAAUGGGCAUGUUUUUUUGGUCAAAAACGUGAGAAAAUGUUUUACUGACUAAAUAUCAUCUACAUUGCCUAUGUCACCAAGGACACUUAAGUAUGCCAACAGAUUUGAUUGCAUUCAACCAUAGUAGUUAUGAUUUUUUUUACAAUAUACACCCUUAUGGUGUAAAUAAGCAUAAAAAUUUUUAAAAGAUCAUACCUCCAUUUCUUGAUUCCUGGUAAUCAAGUCACUUUUUGUAAGUGACCUCAUAGGACGCUGGCACCACGGCUCGUGAAAAUGUUUAUUGAUAAGCAAACAAAGCAAACAUGAUAACUUGCAAUGGCAUGAAUGGUAUGUACAUGUAUACACAAUUGUUAUGGGUUGUUUGCCAUUCAAAAGAAUGUAGUGCACAAACUGUAAUGCCAGGUUCCAACUGGCUGCUGUGUUACCUGUGACGACACAUGCGGAAAUUAACUUAAUCGCCUGGCGCCAGGAAUCAAGAACUGGAAGUUCGAUGUUCAAUGAACAUAGAAAAUUUUUAGUGUCUAUGUUCAUUGAACAAUACUGUGGUUGGAUGGAAUCAAGAAUUGUUGUAUUAUAGUGUUGGUGGUGGAAUAUGAUAGCAUUUAAGGUGUAGUACUAGUGCUACAUAAUGUAAGUAACCUGAUAUUAUGUUUCACAGUGUAAUACUGUUACAGUACUUAAUACAUGACUUUGUACUACAGGUCAUGAUGUAUCGACAGUGCUAGACUGGGUAUUCUCACAUUGUAAAUGUGCUCUGUUGUGUAACUGUAAUCAUAUAAAAUUUUGAAAAUAAAAAACGAACAUAAUGUUAGUAUUCUGCUGUGUGACUGGAGGUUUGCAAUCUUGUAUCUGAUGUACACUUUACCAUUCGCUUCAUAUGUGGCAUCAUUUUAAAGAGAUUGAUUUUAGGCUGCCUUGCUCUUGUUGCUGAUAAUAGUGUAAGCUAAGUAGAUAGUAGAGAAUGACUCAGUAAAUGUAUAUUAAAUUCUCCACUUUGCUUGGUCAAAAGGUAUCAAAAAACGUUUGCUGUUACCUCUGUGAGGGUGGAAAAUUCCUUUGCUUGAUGUACUGGGAUAUAGCGGCAUUGCACGUAGCUGCCGUAUGGCAAUAAAGUAUUGCUUCUCAUGUCAUAUAAAGUU